UGCUCCCUUAUUGGUCUGUAGGAACUGUUGUAAGAUGGCGCCGAGCGAAAUAUGAGUGGUUAAGAAAAAGAAGAACUACUAGCUUGGCAUUAAGAGAAAACAACGUGAAAUACAGCAUAAACAGGCCACUUAAUACGAAUGAACCGUCAAACAACUCUGAACAACAUUUUCCCCUGACUCAGAUCUCCUGUAUAGAAGACGACACUGACCGCAGCCAUGAAUAACUCCUUGGAUGGUACAGGCUCUUAUGAGGAGCUUGUCAGACAGAAAGCCCGGAGCAUCCCUCAGCAUCGCAUGAAGGAGUUCCUCGAGUCCUUGGCCAGCAAGGGUGCAGAUGCCCUGCAGGAGUUCAGCCAGCAAAGUGGAGAUACUACAACUACCACCACUACAAUGGUCUAUCAGCAAGAGGCUAACUGCAUAUACACUGACAGCACAGAGGUGGCAGGGUCGUUGUUGGAGUUGGCUUGUCCCGUUCAGGUGCAGGUCCAGCCACAGCAACAGAUACAGAUACAGGAGGCAACAUCUCAGCAACAAUCUGUACACCAAGCUACAGAGCAACAGAUAGUGCAGGUGCAGAUCCAGGGCCAGCAGCAGGGUCAGAUGCUGGGUCAGGUCCUCCAAAUGCCCUCUGGCUCCCAUCAACAGCUUCAAGGUGUGACUACUGCACAGCUGAUACAGCCCGGGGAACUAACAGAGGAACAGCAGCAACAGCUGCAAGCCCAGUUGGUGGCAGCUGUUACAGGAGGACAACAGAUCCAAAUCCAGACAGUGGGGGCUCUCUCUCCCACCCAGCAGCAGGACACUGAGAGGAGAAUACUAGGAACAACGGUUGCCACAUCACAGGGAGCAGGUGUCCUCCAGCCGGCCAAGAAGCGCAAGGUUGACAUGCCCAUCACUGUGUCCUACGCCCUGCCUGGUCAGCAGGUGGCUACAGUCCUGGCCAUCCCUCAGGGACAGGGUCAGCAACAAAGUUACGUGUCACUGCGGCCAGACCUCCUUACUGUGGACAGCUCCCACCUUUACAGUGCUACAGGCACCAUCACCAGUCCCACGGGGGAAACCUGGACAAUCCCUGUGUACUCUGCUCCUGCUGGCUCUGGAGGCCGUGAGCAGGUCACGCAUAUCGCUAUCCCCCAGGAGGCCUACGGCACAGUGCAGGUAGCGGGGGCAAACACUACAACAAUGACAACAAUGCCGACACAAGUUACAAUUGAAAACGACAAGCUGAAAAACCCUGUCAGUCAGAGUCAAACAGCGCAGGCCGUUUCCAGCAUAACAAGCUCUGGAGGAAUGGGAGGCCAGGAGGAAGUGGUGCACACACUGUCUGCAAACACUCUUUUUCCUGCCCAGCUGAUGAACGGAAACAUCCACAUCCCAGUGGCAGUACAGGGCUACUCUAAUGCCACACAGUCUCUUAUCUGGGAUCCACAGCAGCAGGUGCUGCACACACAGGGGCUGACGGGGCAGGAUGGACAGCAGCUGCAGGUAGUAUCUAUGCAGGGGCAGACGGUUGUAGCAGAGGUAGAUGAUCAAGGGCAGCAGCAGCAAGUGCAGGUACAGGAGCUGCUGCUGCCUGCUACUCUGAAGCCAGAAGAGGGGCUGGACGUGUGGAGGCUUUGGGCUCAGAGGAAAAAUGCAGAGAUGGAUAAAUCAGACACAAAUAAGUUGGCGCCGAUUGGCCGACGCCAGGCAUUGCGUUUCCAGGAGGACUUGGUAUCCUCUGCUGUUGCUGAGCUCAGUAUGGGUCUGUCUUUGAUGACAACAGAGGCUCGAGGGCUUGAAAGGGAGUCAUAUGAGGCUGAUGUCCUUUACUACGUAUUUCUGUGCAUACAAAAAUAUUUGUUUGAUAACGGCCGCGUGGAUGACGUUUUCUCGGAUCAGUACUACACCCGCUUUGCUCACAGUCUGCACCAGAUCCUAGAUCCUUGGAGACCAUCUGUACAUCCACUAGGUUACAUCAUCCCAAGCCAUGUGACGGAGGAGAUGCUGUGGGAAUGUAAACAGCUGGGAGCUCACUCUCCCUCCACACUGCUUACAACUUUAAUGUUUUUUAACACCAAGUACUUUCAGCUGAGAACGGUGGACCAGCAUCUAAAAGUGGCCUUCUCUAAGGUGCUGAGACACACCAGGAAGAGUCCCAACAACCCCAAAGACAAGAGCACCAGCAUCCGAUACCUGAAGUCAACAGAGAGGUUUAUAGGACAGAAAGUCACUGAUGACAUGUACUUAGAGCAGCUGGAGGACCCAGAGAACCCACUGCGAUGCCCAAUAAAGCUCUACGAUUUCUACCUCUUCAAAUGUCCGCAGAGCGCUAAAGGUCGCAAUGACACCUUCUACCUGACUCCCGAGCCUGUGGUUGCUCCAAACAGCCCCAUCUGGUACUCCACUCAACCCAUCCCAAAAGAACAGCUGGAACAGAUGCUCGCCCGCAUCCUCGUCGUCCGCGAAAUCCAGGACGCCAUGAACAUGUGUACGGAGAGCGUACACUAGUGGGACGACAAGAGAACAAUAAACAGACUCUUCCUCUUCCUCUUUCUCUCUUCACCCAGCCUUUGAUUGCUCAUUAUCAGUAGUUUUCUAUUCUCACACCCUCCUGUGGUCUUUAAGGGUGGCAUGUAUAUGUUUAUAUUCAUUAUGUGUUCGCAUAUCUUACACAUGGACUGUACAUACGCACACAACCAAUACUAGUUUGUCUUAUUGAGGCAAUCUGUCUACCGUUACCACACUUCUGUUUUUCUUUUCGUUUGGCCAAAGGAUGUAGUGUCUAAUGUUUUUUAUUGGACCUGAACUCUAAUUUAAAUGUUUUAACUGUUGUUCCCCCUCACCAAUAGUCUGGAGAUAGUGUUCAUUUCCUUAUUUUGUUUUAAUCUGUAAUAUAUUUCUUAUGUAUUUUCAAGGGGGUUGGCCUGCGCUGUGCUGCUUUUCCCAGACACUGCUCUUCUUUCCCUCAUCUGCCUUUCUCACCGAGUGUGAGUGAAUACCUCGCUGGUAUUAAGACUGCAUUAUGUAGCCAGAAAUAGGCUAAAAGCUAAUUUUCAACUGGUGUGAGUUUCUCCCUUUUUUCUUUGUACAUCACUCGUCUGUCUUGAGCAGGAAUCACAGUGAACUGGGGGGAUAACCUGCUUUGUUUAUGAACGCUGCUCUUGCUGUAGCGCCCCCUGUUGGACUAGCUCAGCAGCAUUAAACCACAUCAGGACACAGACUUUAUUGCAAUACAGUGUCGUCACCCGACACGCAGCCACUAUCACCUGCCACACGGUGGAGACGUGGAGGACGCAGAACUGCUGGAACCACCUCUCUUUUCAUCUGACCCCCCCCCCGUGAAGAGGGAUCUAUUGUAUCAUACAUGUUUAUUACACGACAGAAGAAAGACUCUUAAGAAGUGGGUUAGCCCUUAAUGUUCUAUAAUGUAUAAUACUCAUAGCUCCUUCAUGUACUGUAAUAGGUUUCAGUCAUCUAAGGAGAAUGGCAGUGCCUGUGUGUUUUUGAAACAUGACCUUUUUUGUACAGCCACUAUACCAUGUGUCUGCCUUUCUAGCAUCUCUGCACAUGCUCAUUGCGUAGCAAUAGCCUGCAUUGUGUGAUAUAAAAUGAUGCACAAUGAGUUUUUCAGAAAACCUGAAUAAAAGUCAUCUCACAACAAA